CCGCCAUAUCAGUUCUAUAUAUAGAACAUCUUCAGCACAUUGAAAACACAAAUUCACACGAUCAAACAAUCGCGAACAAAGAUAAAGAGUCUUAUUAGACUGUUAGAAACGUUAACACGAUGCAGAAUAAAACUGUGUAACUGUAUGACAUCGAUUUGUCUGUCUACUUUUAGUAUACUUGACGAUCAUGUUAAGGUAGGUGAGUAUAUCUUUCUAUGUAUGAUAUCAUUAUGGGGACGAGUACAUAGAUUUCGCUUCCUGGUGUUGGUCCUGAGCCCAGACGCUGUGUGUUUACCACGUGUUGGGUUAUCUGUCACUCACGUGCACAUGUGUUCAUACCAGGGUAUUUACCGUGUUUACUUGUGCUGUAUGAGUCACGUAUACACAAGAGUGAUGUAAUUAACCACCCAUUGACGUCUACAUGGAUAAGAUCCGUUCCCGAUUCGGUUCCUUACGUAAGAGGAAUACAAGUAUGGAGGAGAGCGGGGAGGAUCACACAAAGGAUAGCCAUAGUGGGUCCAUGUCGGCCACAGCAGAUGAAGAGCCGUUUGAAAUGUUGUCUUCCACUGGGCAGUCGUCUGUACGGACAGGCGGACGGACAGACUCUCUUGGUGAUGAAAAAACCGACUUGACAGUGUUUGAAAACCAACUGACCGUUCUGCACGAACAGUUGGUGGCAGUGAUGAUUGACAACCAGGAACUAAAUUCCAAACUGCGCGAGUACGAGGAUACAGUGUCAAUGCAGAGGCUUCGGAUGGAGAUCGACAUUGAGAGAAAGCGUUAUCGAGACUUAGAGGACAAGUACUCCGCCCUGGAAACGAAAACAGCAAGAGAUCACCAUAUCCACAGCCACCGUACCGGAGGCGGAGGUGAAACCGUACCUAGACAGACGUUGGAAGUGGCUCAAGAUGCAACAGAAGUGGCUGAAAAAGAAGAAAUUGAGAGUUCUAAGCAGCGAAAGCGAGCAUUUCUGCCAGGCUCCAUGGACAGGAUGUGGUCUCGUGUGUUACGAGGUGUGUACGAGACAAUGGAUGACUUCACGGAGGACCCCCCAGAGGACAAGGAGACGGAUCAGUUAGACGGAGAUCCGCUCACUGUAAAAACUUUAAAAGAAAACAUCAACAGAUUUGGUAGUGCACUGAAGCCUUACAUCAGUACAGUAAAAGGUAUAAACACUCUACUGACGUGGACGACGCCAUCUUACACGUUACUGGUAUUCACGAUAUAUAUGUACACAGCGUGGAAGGGCUGGCUCCUCCCUGUUGUCGUCAUCCUGCUUCUCUGUAGGCUGUUUAUUACCUACUUGCAACACCAUGGCUUCAAACUAACUUUCAACUACUUUGAUUCUGGCAAAGAAUCCGAAAAGCAGCCGGAGGAGAGUUUGGGGAUAUCAGACAAGUUUAAUCUGGUGUUACAAGUAGCAAGGAAAGUUCAGAAUGGUCUAAAAGAUGCUGCUGAUAGCCUCGAAAAAAUCAAAAGUUUACUGACAUGGCGACAUCAAGCUACACGGCAACUAUUCAACGGACUGAUGUUUGUCUUCAUAUUGUCCUGCUUCUUACCGUCCCUGUAUCUCUUCAAACUUGGAGGAUUAGCAUUUGGAGUGAAGUUAUUCAUCAUUAACUAUUUCUACAACAAGUAUCCACGAAUCAAAAGGAAGUAUGAUUCAUCGUACAAGAUCUGGAUGUCUCUGCCGACAGACGCGCAGUAUCAACAGGAGUGUAUAAAAACAGAGCUAACCAAAUACGUAUUUGUGGAGUCAGGGAGUGAGCUAGAAGGCUGUGAAACGGAAAUUACAAACCAAGACAAGCAGUUCUGUGAACUGUUUUCACUCCCCCUGGCGGAAUCCCCUUUAUCAGGCUGGAAAGGUGGUCGACGAUGUACAUUGAUAAAUAAAGACAAGGCAUUUGCAGCAGGAUUGAAGAAUGGCAAGAUUUAUCUCACAAAAAGUUUUAUUUGUUUUGAAAGGAAAACGUCUCCGUCGCCGAAGAAUAUAGUUAUUCCAUUAACAGAUAUUGUCAAAUUCCAAAAGUGCAAGCCAUACAGUUUUCUUCCUGGAAAUGGAAUGGCGAUGGAAGUGGUAGUGACUGGAAACAAGACAUUUAUCUUCGGCGGUAUCCUGAACAGGGACGAGGCUUAUGACCACAUCAUGGAAACAGGACUUGAAAAUAUGUUGCCAUGGGCAACCGGUGAUCCGAUAUCAAUAGACCAAAAUGAUUCAGGCAUGUCACCGAUCACACUAAGGAAAAGAAACAACGGCGGACAAAAAUUCCGAAAUUUUAGCCUUGCUUCAGAGUAUUACGAUUCUGAUUAAGGUUGAUUUAAAAUACUCUUAUACAUAUACAAAACACAUUUAUCGUAAUGUUAAAAACCUCAUAUGGGAUCAUCGAGGCAUUAAAUUUCUGCGAGCACCGUUUAAAUAUUGUGGUGCAUGGUGUCAGCACUUCUGUGUAAGUGUAUGAGAAAUGUUUCAGCAAUACACGUACGGUGUGUCCAUGUCUUGUUUUGUUGGGAAAUGUAGUGUCAAUCUUUUCCCAGUGGUACAUCACUAUAUCGUUUUAUGAUUUUAGCCAACACGCUACUUGUAAUGUGGACACUUUUCGCUCAUGUUAUUUCAUGUUCCAUUUACGCUACAGAUGGAUUCAUGUAGCAGGUAUACUGAUAUAAUAUAGACAUUAUAUCAUUAUAAUACAGGUAUGAUAUAGGUAUGGUACAUGUAUAAAGCAUAUUUGAUGUACACGA